GAAUAGUCUUAGAAAGAAGUAGAGAACCCACUGACCAAAGAGGCUCUCGCUCUAGUCUUCACCAUCCAAAGCACUGGACAUCAGUACAGCAUUUUCACACUCUUGUCCACUGAGGCAACAUGGAGCUUUUUGGAAGAGCCAUCAUCAUCUUUCUUCUCCCACUAGUGGCAAAUAUGACAGAAAUUCCUCCUGGGUGUAAAAUUCGUAUCACUUCCAGAGGCCUGGAUAUGUUGAAGCAUGAAACGCAGAAGUUUGUGGAGGAGGAACUGGGAAACAUCACUAUGCCAGAGAUGCAUGGCAAGGAAGGAAGCUUCCAGUAUUCCAUUACAGAUGUGAAUAUAGCAGAGCUGAACCUGAUUGCAGACCUGAGUUUCCAGCCUACAUCUGGACUGCUCUUUGAGGUACAGAACUCAUCCAUCGCCCUCAACUUCCAGAGACGAAUCCUCUACUGGUUCUUCUAUGAUGAGGGUGCCAUCAAUGCCUCUGCAGAUGGGGUUAACAUCCACACCACCCUCCAUCUUACAAAAGAUGUGGUGGGCCGUCUCAAGAUAGCCAACGUCAGCUGUGACGCCUCCAUUGCCAAGAUGAAGGCCAAGUUUGGAGGAACCUUUGGGAGGGUUUAUGACUUUAUUGCCACUUUUCUGACUACUGGAAUGCGCUUCGUCCUAAAUCAGAAGAUUUGUCCUUCACUGAAACAUGCUGCGCUAGUGUUGGUCAACCAACUACUGGAGACCAUUCCAGUGCGUACAGAGGUGGAUAAAUAUGUGGGCAUUGAUUAUUCACUCCUGAGUGACCCUGUGGUUACCGGCUCUAGUCUUGAUAUGCAUUUCAAGGGCAUGUUCUAUGAUCUACACAAUGAGAAUGAUACUCUGGUGAAUGAUGCAGUGAAUCUUGUAGUGAGAGAGUAUGACCGUAUGAUCUAUCUGGCUCUCUCCGAAUACUUCUUUGAUACUGGACUCUACUCAUAUUUCAAAGGAGGUGUUUUCAGGAUGCACGUAGCAAAUGAGCGAAUGCCAAAGGACUUGGAGAUGCUUCUCAGGACCACCUAUUUUGGAGCCAUCAUGAUGUUGAACCCAGCUCUGAUGGAUGCUCCGAUCUCUCUAGAGCUGGAGGUGACCUCUGCCCCCAAAUCUACCAUCAAGACCUCAGGGGCCACUGUGGCUGUUCACUCUGGUGUCCGAGUACUGGUACUUCCCCCAGGAAAGGCACCUGUCCAACUAAGCAGUAUGACCAUGGAGUCUAAAUUUAUUGCCAAGGUAUCCAUGAAGGGGAAGAGACUGGCUAUCCAUCUGGAUCUGAGAAGGUUUAAAAUUUUCUCGACCCAAUCUGCUUUAGAAUCACUAGCGCUGAUUCCACUGCAAGCACCAAUAAAGACUCUGCUGCAAAUCACUGUGGUGCCCCUAAUCAACAAUUACACAAAGAAAGGAGUACAGAUCCCUCUGCCUGAUGGAAUUGACUUCAUUGAGGAAGUGGUCGAGUAUAAUAAUGGCUACAUCAUUGUAGGUGCCAACCUGUAUUUCAAGAGUGGGCUGAGGGAGAUGAUAGAGAAGAGCCUGUCUGGAGACAAUAAUUCUAUUUAACAAGGAAUAGUUUAUCACCUCCUGUCAAACUUUUUAAUGUGUUUUUAAUAAUGACUUAAUAUGUUACUACAAUAACCACCCCCACUAUAAUUAAAAAAAAUAAAAAUAAAAAAUAAAUAAAAAUAAAAAAGUGCCAGAAACAUGCGUAAUGUCCCUAGAAACAUUCUGUUCCUGGCAAGUUUGUGUUUUAAUUUUGUACACAUAUCCAUCAUUUCAUUAUUUUUUACAGACAUAUGUAUAUAUUUGCCCCAUAGAUCUAUUCUAGGUAGGAUGAAAGACCCAAAGUGUAAAUUAUUAGUAAUUCAUUAGCUUGUAUAAAUAAGCACAUUUAGGUAUUCUUAAGAACCUCUUUGAAUGUACCAGAUGUUGCAAGGUCAAUCCUAAAAUUAUAAUUUUAAAAAGGUCUUGUGAACCCAUUCUAAUUUUAACAUUUUUAUAUCCAUGUAACAUUUUAUACAACUGUCAUACAUUCAUAUGAAAAUGCAUAAGUAUAAAAACACUUAAAUGAGUAGUACAUGU